AGACUCGCCGGAGAAAUCCCGCCGGAGUUCGCAAGUAAAAUCACCACGAACGCCACCGUAGAUCUCUCGUUCAACAAUCUCACAGGCCAAAUUCCGGCGACCGAUCUCUUCGCCAACCAACAAACGACGUCGUACUCCGGCAACCCGGAAUUAUGCGGCGAACCGCUGACAAACCCGUGUCCGGUUCAUUCCUCCGUCGCAACUCCGCCUAACGCCACCGCAACAAACUCUCCUCCGGCGAUAGCCGUCAUACCAACAACAACGCCACCCCCUCAAGGAAAGAGAUCAACCGGGCUGAGAACCGGAGCAAUCCUGGGAAUCGUCGCCGGAGACAUCGCCGGACUCGGAAUCCUGUCUUUGGUCUUCGUGUACGUUUACUGGACCUGUCUGAAGAGACAAAGACACGUGGCAGACGACGAAGAGUCAACAACCUCGGAAUCCACGAACUCCGACGAAAAGCACAAACCCCAAGAGCAGAAAAGUGGGGCCCUCGUAACCAUGGACGGAGAAAAAGAACUCGAAUUAGAAACUCUGCUCAAAGCGUCGGCCUACAUUUUAGGGGCGUCCGGUUCAAGCAUAAUGUACAAAACGGUUCUUGAAGACGGAACCGCCCUAGCGGUUCGGCGGAUCGGCGAAAAUGGGGCGGACCGGUUCAGGGAUUUCCAGAACCGGGUCCGGGUCAUCGCCAAAUUGGUCCACCCGAAUUUGAUCCGGAUACGUGGCUUCUACUGGGGGAAUGAAGAGAAAUUAAUUAUCUAUGAUUUUGUUCCCAAUGGCAGCCUUGCCAAUUGCCGUAACAGGAAAGCUGGUGGCACUUCAUCACCUUGUCAUUUAACAUGGGAAAUGCGGCUCAAGAUAGCAAAAGGCGUGGCACGUGGGCUGUGUUACAUCCAUGAAAAGAAGCACGUGCAUGGAAACUUAAAGCCCACCAACAUUCUACUUGGCCUGGAUAUGGAGCCCAAAAUAGGAGAUUUCGGGCUCGAAAGGCUCAUGACCGGCGACCAUAGCUCGAAAGCGGGCGGGUCGACCCGGUACUUCGGCAGCAAGAGAUCCACCGCUUCGCAUGAAAGCUUCCACGAUACUCAACCGGGUCGACCCAAGAGUGCGCUAUGCAUAUCGCCUUAUCACGCGCCCGAGUCUCUCCGGAGUCUUAGGCCGAGCCCUAAGUGGGAUAAACACCACUAA